CACUUUUUUAUCUAUCGAGGAAGCUUACAUCGUAUGUUGAAGACCAAGUUGGUCGGCUUCUCAUCUCUGCUUUUUGCACUGUUUGGGAGUCAUAUUUUCGGUCUUAAUCUGCGAGCACGACCUGGUCAUGUUCAGAACGAAGGGCCACGUGAUCAUAGCCCGCCACCUGAUUCAGAGGGCGAACACCAUGCUUCGAAAAGACAGAAGAGGGCCUUAGAAGGUGGGACCAACUUGUUCCUCGUUCAGCCCGGAACCAGUGGAACAAGCGAAAGAGCGAGCUCUUCUUCUUCCUCCGCUACGUGUGUAAGAUACAGGGAGAUCCAAUCUAAAAAAAAAAGAACAGCGAAUCCGGGAUCCUCCGCUUCUGCGACAUAUAUUCCGAGAGAAGAGGGCUCGUCAUUAUUGCGAAGCGAAUAUCAAGAAUAG